AUGGCUGGAAUCGUUGUACCGUCGGAAUUCUCGCGCAACGGCAACACGACGCACACGGGCGCUCUGCAGAGCAUCGGCGACGACGAGCAGUUUUCGUAUGGUACGGAAAAAUUGCCAGAAAGAUCCGAAAAUACUGAAAUUCUUAUAGGAACCGCUGGUUUCCGAUACAAAGCGGAAAAGCUGCCGUUCCUCGUUUUCCGAUGCUCGUACGUGGCGAGUCUUCGUGCUCGGCAACUCAAUUCGGCCAUCGGGGUCAUGAUCACGGCCUCGCACAAUCCGGCGGAGGACAACGGCGUAAAACUGGUCGAUCCCAGCGGAGACAUGCUCAACGAGCAGUGGGAGAUCUACGCGACCGAGAUCGUGAACGCCACGGACGCCGAGCUGCCGGCCGUCUUGCGUGCUUUGGAGCGUCAAAUCCAAGUGUCGAAGACGAUGAACUCCCGUGUGGUGUGCGGAAUGGAUACUCGCGUGUCCGGACCCCAUCUGAUGGCCGCAGCCCGCGCCGGAGCCGCCCUCUUCAACGUUCCCUUCGAGGAUAUCGGCGUGGUGAGCACGCCGAUGCUCCAUUACGCCGUCAAGUGCCACAACGAGCCGCAGUUCGCCGCUCCGACGCAUGAGGGAUACUACUCGAGCAUUACGGAGGCGUUCAAGGAGUUGCACGAUCUGACCGACGAGCCCGAAGGGUCCAGGUUGGUAGCUGAUUCCUGAAGUGACAUACUUAGUUCCACCUUUUUCCCUUACAGAUACCAGAAAAAGCUGGUGGUUGAUUGUGCCAACGGCGUCGGAGCUCCCCGCUUCCGGGAUCUCCUUUCCCGCAUCCCGACGGAUCUUCUAGAAGUGGAAUUCCGCAACGUUUCUGGACCUCUGAACCACGAAUGCGGCGCCGAUUUUGUCAAAAUCAAUCAGAAGUUGCCGACGAACUUCCCGGCGGACGCGAGAUCCGAUCCGAAGUGCGCCUCUUUCGACGGAGACGCCGAUCGACUCAUCUACUUCCGUUCAAAGUGCCCGAACUCUCAGGACGCGGAACUCUUCGACGGGGACAAGAUCGCCGUGCUGAUCGCCACGUACAUCCGUGAGCAGAUGAGGGCCUACGAACAGUCACAGCCACGGGAACGUCUCCGGCUGGGAAUCGUGCAGACGGCGUACGCGAACGGAUCCUCCACUCGCUUCAUUCGCGAGAAGUUGGGCGUGGAGCCGAUCAUCGUGCCGACGGGCGUGAAGCACCUCCACGAGGCGGCCUCCGACUUCGACGUCGGAAUCUACUUCGAGGCGAACGGACACGGAACCGUCGUUUUCAGCGAGGUCUUUGAUCGGAUCAUCCGGCGGUUCCCGCACGAGAACAUCUGUCUGCGCCGUCUCCGUCUUUUCUCGCGCGUCAUCAACGAGACCGUCGGCGACGCGUUCGCCGAUCUUCUGGCCGUCGAGGCGGUGCUCCGUCAUCUCGGAUGGUCUAUGGACGACUGGGCGGAGAAGCUGUACACGGACGUGCCGAACGUUCAGAUCAAGGUGCCCGUCAUCGACAGAUCCAUCUUCAAGACGACGCAUUCGGAGCAGAGACUCGUGAAGCCGGAGGGAAUUCAGAAGAUCAUCGACGAGGACGUCGCCAAGUACAAGAACUCGCGCGCGUUCAUCAGGUACCGCCGGAAAAGGAGGAAAUUCUCUGAUAUUCUGAGUUUCAGACCGUCCGGAACGGAGAACAUUGUGCGUGUGUACGCCGAGGCGGACACUGUCGAAAACUCGUGGCAACUGGGCCGUUCGCUCGAAAAAGUGGUGCUCGGACUGCGCAACACGGCCGCAUAA